AUGGAAGUCUGCAAAAAUGCUCACUAUGUUCACUGCUACGCGCAUCAGCUGAACCUCGUCAUGCAGCAGGCGACAUCACGCAUUCCCAGAAUCGGCACUUUUUUUUCUGAUCUUGGUGGAUUUUCUGCCUUCUUCUCCAGGUCACCUAAGCGAAUCGCUGUGCUUGACCAAGUGGUUGCGCACAGACUUCCCAGGGCCUCUACAACACGGUGGAACUUCCAAAGUCGCGCUGUAAACACUGUGUACGAACACAAGGAUGACAUUUUAAAAUGUUUUCAGUUCAUCAGAGACUCAGGGAACUUUGAUUCCUCAACUGUCAGAGAGUCGGGGGGUUUUGUGAGGAUGCUUGAAGACGAGGCUUUCUGUUUUUUCCUGGCAUUGUUUCACAAGAUCAUGCCAAAUGUAGACAUGCUAUUCAACCAGCUGCAGAAGAGGAACAUUGACCCUGUCUACAUUAAGGCAGCUGUCCAGGGAUUCACAAACAACAUGCAAGCAAUCAGGGACUCGAUUCCCUUUCUGUGUGGGGACAGUACAUCAUCUGACCAGCAGCACCAGCCCAACAAGCGACUGAGGACCCUGGGACCAGGAGAACAACAGAGGCUAGCUACAGAGGUAUGUGAUACCAUCCUGAUUCAUAGCAAGGAGCGGUUCUCCUUCACCCAGCACCUCGUCAGUGCAACAUUGCUGCAUGGAGAGUUGUUUCCACAACACAGUGUGACGUUUCCUGAAUCAGCACUCGAAACAACAGUGGAGGCAUACCCCAUGCUGAACAAGGCCAAGCUCAAAACAGAGCUGUCCCUCAUCUAUGAAAACCCUGAGUUUAGGGUUGGCAGUGGUGCAGUGCCUCUGUACCAGUUUUUCAUUGACAACAAUCUUCAAAGUACUUUCACAGAGACUGUCAGUCUUCUCAAGAUCAUAAUCACCACGCCUAUGACAACAGCAGAGUCCGAGAUGUGCUUUUCUACUUUGAAGAGGAUCAAAACUUUCCUAAGAAACACAAUGACCCAGGACCGCCUUAAUGCUCUGGCAAUGCUUUCUAUUGAGAAGAAACUUGUCAGAGACAUUCCUGACUUCAAUAAGAAAGUAAUUGAGAAGUUUGUUAAUCAGAAGGAGAGAAGAGCAAAAUUCCUGUACAAAUAA